UGCCCCUCCCCCGAGAUGAGCAGUGCAAGGGCCCAGUGUGAAGGGGGAUUAGUGUCUCAAGUGCGCCGACUCUCUUCGGGUGGACGUGAGUCGCUCGGGAGGAGAGGGCUUUCAUGCGAUCGCUGCCCCUCGGGACUGUGGCUUUGUGUGCGUUCGGGCCGUAUUGGAAAAGUGCAGUACAGUGUAUCAGAAAUAAUACUUUCCAAAACUAACUGCUCGAUAACAAGUUGCGCAACGCAAGGUUCACUUAAGGACCAGUAUUGUAGUGCUAAAAAGUGUUUAAGUGAUCGCAUUGCGCCCAAAGAGUUGCCCACACUCGAUCGAGGAAAAACGACACGAAGGAACAUUUCCCUUUAGAGA